UCCAAUGACAACGACAAAUUUCCCAUAUAUGUUUGUUUGUUCAUCAUAACUUAGACCACUUCAAUGUAAUGUUCGAAUUUUUGUAUCAACGUGGCAAAAUUUACGGUGUCAGAGUGUCGGAAAGCAACGCGAACAACGAGCUGUCCUUCCAUGAUGCUCCGGCUUUAUGGUGCGCCUCUCAAUCCCUAAAACAAGCGAUCAAAUGGGGCUCCCCGGGGAUCCCUUGGAAAAAUCAAAUGCGCCCCUUGCAUAAAGAGUUGGGCGCCAUGAUGUCCGCCGUUUCACACAACGACGAAUUGGCCCGCGUCGUUAUUAACGGGGUGCCUAAGGAGGCGUUUGAAAGAGGGAUUUUUCCAGAAGAAGCCUUAAAGCAACGGUUCAACGAAGUGGACAAGUUGGCGCGUAAAGUGGACUUGGUGCCCGCAAAAGGAGCCCCUCUUCUGGUCCAUAUUUUAUCUUAUCUUCAGUCGAUUCUACUGAUUAAAUCGGCCAGUUACAUCUCGCAGUCUGAACUGAACGAUGAAGAGAUCGAUUUUAACAAGUUGUCCACGCACGAUAUUUUGUAUAGAGCGCGUUUUUGGUUGGAUAGAGGGGACCUGACGCAGGCGUUAAAAUAUAUGAAUCUUUUGCAAGGAGCUCCAAGGGUAGUGGCAAGGCAAUGGAUUCACGAAGCGAAAAUUCUGCUAGAAACUGAACAAGCGGCCAAUUUGCUUAUGGCCUACGCCAUAUCUUGUGGACUUAAGUACCUAUAAGAUGUCUUUGUCUAGUUUAUUAAAUAAAAGAUCGUGUACAAAAAAAA